GUAGUCUUCUAGAGACGAGAGAGAGAGAGAGAGAGAGAGAGAGAGAGAUGGAAUGCCAUCCUAUGCUAGCUCUAUCUAUUAUGUUGCUUCUUAACCACAUCAACCCCUGCGCAGCCGCCGCAGCACCUUCUAGCAAAGCAAACACUCAGUACAUAAAGACAUCAUGCAGCAUGACGCUAUAUCCGGCACUGUGCUACACCUCCCUCUCAAUCUAUGCUGAGAAAAUCAAAACCAGUCCGAAAGUGCUAGCACAUACCGCCCUCAAUGUGAGCCUUGCAGCCACCAAAGCAACUUCCGUGGUAAUAAACAGGUGUUCAAGACUUCAUGGACUGAAGGCUAUAGAGGCUGCAGCUACACUCGACUGUGUUGAGGAGGUUAGUGAUGCUUUGGACGAGCUGCGAGAAUCCAUAGAUGAAUUUGGACAUGCAGUUAAAGGUUCGAGAAAUUUCCCGCUUCAAAUUAGUGAUGUUCAAACAUGGGUCAGUGCUGCAUUAACUGAUGAGGACACCUGCAUGGAUGGUUUUGAUAAAUUGAAUGGGAAGGUGGAGACUGUUAUCCGGAAGGAAAUACUGAAGAUUUCGCGUCUGACGAGCAAUGCCUUGGCACUCAUCAACAACUAUGCCUCGAACUAAAGCUGCAUUCCUCUAGCUAGGGGUGAAAAUUUGUAUACUACCUACAGUAUUACACAAGAAUUAUAGACCAGUAUCCAUACAUGUUCUAUUAUUAGUUUCCAAACGGGAGACUUGUUCAUGUGUAAAAAAGUCUGAUGGACAAGAAUAUUAUUUUGAAAAAAAAUGCUAGAACUGUUAAGAGGUAUAGGAAUGAAUCAUAUGGAGUGGUUUCUAUAGCACCGUAAGUAUAUGCAGCAAGCAUGGUCUUCAAAACACUAAAUAUAUAUUUUUGUGGUUUAAAGCCUUAUGGACUAUAGCA